GCGCCGGCGGACGAGCACGCGCGUACCGUGCACAUGUUGCUGACGGUUCCUCCGCCGCCCCCGCCAGCGCAGCCGCCGCCGCCGCCGCCGCCGCCCCCUACGAUCAGCGGCAGACAACUGAACCGGCUGCCGCCGCCGCCGGCCGUGCGCUACGGCCCGCCCACCGUCCUGCCGCCUCCCGAGCUGACAGCCAGCGCCCACCCUCCCUCGCUGGAGGACCGGCAGCAGCAGCGCACUGGCGCCACAGAACGGCCACUGGCCGCCCUCGCACCGACUCCGUAUCCUCCACCGCCUCCCAACUGCAAUGAUAAUGCACUUCCGACUCACAGCGGAAACGUCCGGGAGCGGAGUCCACCACGCGAGAAGCAAAGUGCUGCACCUCCCAGUUUACCGUACAACUUUCAAGUUGACUUCUCAGUCCCACCUCCACCAAUAUCUCAGACAUCUAGCAUACCCUCAAACAUACUAUCACUUCUCGGACAUGCUGCAUUUGAGCAUACUACAAAUGGCUUCCUACUAAAUGCUCCUCCAUCAAAUGUUUCUCAACCUCACAUGUCCCAUCCCCGAGAACAUACACAAACUGUUCAACCGACUUACCCGAAUGAAGUCCAAGUAUCGCAGCUGCGCACCGUGACUCCAUUUAACUCGACUCCGGCUGCUGUGUCACAGCCCCUUAUGCCGGUGCAUCAUUUUCCUCCAUCUCAUACUGUGUCUCCAGCUAACAAUAACCACUCCUUCAUGCCUCUGCACCAUUUGACCCAACCCCAGGUGCCAAGACACGAGGCACCACCUCACGUGUCCCAGCAUCGUAUGCCUACGCAUCACAGUUCUAAUUCCCACAUACCUACCCACCGUCCUUACCCACCUAUCACCCCACUUCCCCACAUGCCCCUAACUGAUGUGCCACCCACCCACGGAAAAUCGCCCCACAGGACACAGCAACAUCGACCGCAUUCACGAAGAAUGACCGAACAUUCCACUGCUCACUGUAGACCGCAGCCUUAUGUCACGGAUUCUUAUAAGAAUGCUUCUUUGGACACACCGUUUGCAAAUCGUGGAGGCACACAUCACACCUCUCGUGAAGCAUUUAGGGACGAGUACAAUCAGUGCUACAGAAGGGAUGAUCGUGAAGCCUCUAGCUUGGCCAAUAGCCUGCCCAAUUUUCUGAACUUCUGGGUACCUCCACCAUUGCAGACUCCACGGUUACGACCACCGCCUUUACCACCGCCUCUGCCACCAUCUCUACAGCCACCACAGCAGCAUAUGGAAUCGUCAAACCAGACGCUGUUGUCGCACCUACUGGCUAUGCCGACACCACCUCCGGACCAGCAUGACAAGACUCUGUCUCCUGUUACAGGGAAUCUGUAUUCAGGUCAUCCUCACAGUUACCAUGAACAGUACUGGAACCAGCAAAGCAAACCAUCUCCACCUAUAGUUCCAGAGUACCAGCAGCCUCACCACACAGAUGCUAAAAGAAGAACAUUUGACACCAUGAUGUCAAGAUGGUCACAGGAUGUGCCCCAUCGGCUUGCCAGAUACCAUGUGCCAGCCCAGCUUCAUCCUGACAUGGACAACUCAGCAAUGCAGAUGGAUGAUACCUGCAGCUCAUCACAUUACGGGCGUGGAGUUCGCGGCCAUUGCUACGGCAAUCGUCGAGUGCGGAAUGUGCCACUUCCAUGUUCCCGGCUACGUAAUUUGACAGAAGUGAAUGUGAAUGUUAAUGAAGGUGACAGAACAGUUGUGCCACACAAACAGCACCGUGAUGACCUGAAUGAACAAUUGUACGAAAAGGGUGCUGAAGCCUGUGCGCUGUUAUCUGCAAUCACAGCUGUUCGAAGAACAAUUGGUGGGGCUGCUUCGGCAGCUCCAGGUGUAACUACCAGUGGCGGGGUAUCUCCCACUGGCAUGCCGGCACUCCCAGCACCACCUGUCUUACCCGCGCUGCCAGCACCACAAGUGCUUCCUGCACUGAUGGCAGCACCAUGGGCCAGCCCUGCAGCUACGGAGUCUCCCCAUAGCACGCCGGCACUCCCAGCACCACCUGUCUUGCCUGCACUGCCAGCACCACAAGUAAUACCUGCACUGAUGGCAGCACCGUGGCCCAGCACUGAAGCUACUUCGGUCAGCCAGGUCAAUGAAGAAGACAAUACAAACGAGAGACUGUGCCAUUACCCAAGAAAGGCCACAGAUGUCAGUGAUCAGCUAACAGUGCCUUUUACUAGUCCUGUCAUCCAAAAGGAUGACACAACAACAGUAGCAACACCAUCCCAGUUUAAAGAGCUUUUUAGGUUGUACGUGGAAGGAUCCUUUGGUGAUACUUUACAUGUACACCCAGGACAGUCAACCCUGAGUGUAACACCAAAGGAUCCCCACACAGCCUUGCUACAAUCUACUGGACAGGUGAUGGAUGUUGCUACAAGAGAAACGAAUACUGGACUGUUAGCCACCAGCGGGAGACUAAUGUUACCAGAUCCAUUUCCAUCUGUAGCACCUUAUCUUGGACUUAAAAGCACACCUGAAGAAAGAGAGAAGUUUAUGAAGAGCUUUUGGACAUCAGUUUAUCAGCAGCAAGCUCUCAAACUAGGCCUCUUGCCGAAGUUACAAACCAGUCUGACACCGCAUGUUGAUCAACUGGGAACACAACUAUAUCAAAAAAUGAGGGGACACAAAGAGUUCAGACAUGCCCUAGCUGAGCUUGAUCACCAGAUACUUGCCCGUGGCAGCCUUGGAUCAUCAACACCACUUGCUGCACUUCCUCCGGCACCUUCUAUACAUUCCAGCACAUCAGAUCCACUUUCUGCCUAUGGUUCUGCCCUGGCACAAUACACCCAGAGCGGAAGAUCUGCUACCUCAUCAUCAUAUCAGAGUGACUUCCUGAAGUCAGCUCUACAAGAUAUGAAUUCCUCAGCACAAACUCCAUCUUUACCUGCUUGUAGUAACAGUGGAUGCUGUAAUAAUGCAAACUGUAAAAUAACAAAGAAGCAACAGCAAAAAAAAGAACUGGAGCACUUGAAGCUAGUUCAAAGGCAACAGUUGCAGAGGAAAAGUGCAGAAGACACAGUGAUACGGAUGAAUGAAGAAACACUGAGAAGGAGGAAUGAACAGCUGCAGCAGCAACAGCAGAGAAAAACUGAAGAAGACACAGUGAAGCGACUGAAUGAAGAGCUCCAGAAACAAGCGAUACAGGCACGUAUUGAACAAGAACGACAGUCACAGGGCACUCGGAAAAAGAAGAAAACUCUGACACAGAUACAGGAGCAAGCAGAAACAGCCCAUGCCUUGAAAGAUGGACUCUAUGUUCCAGUUCUACAGCAGCACAGAAACGAACAUGGGAUCAUUACACAGAGCCAACACUUAGAAACAACGCCACACCAGGAUAUGAACCUGCAGUUAAACAAAGUAAAAGCAAAACGAGGAUGCAAAAGAAAAUCAGAAUCACUUGAACAAGAAUGCACCGUGCAAUGGGCAAUGAAUUUUGAAGGACAUAAAGCUUCACAAAGCUCUUCAGUAGGAAGAAUGCAGAGAGGUGUAAUUGUGCAUGGGAAGGAAUAUGUGAAUCAAAUGUCAGAAGGUGCACAUCAGCAGCAAUUCCAUUAUCUGAACAAUGAAAAUAUAAAGGAUUCUCAGACAGAUCAGUCAGAGCAAGUGAAACACAAAGAGCAACCAAAAAUGUCACAACUAACACAAUUGCUUAUGCAAGGGCAGUCUGAAAUUGGUAUGUGUCACAAGGGGAAUGUUAAAAAACAAAAGAAAGCUCUGAGAACAUCAAAGACGGUUGCUGAACAGGUGAUUACAGAGCCUAGGCAAACAAAGCAACCAGAAAUGCCUCUUAAUAUAUCAAACAAAAAAUCACUGCAUGUGCAGAAUCUGUUUACUGAUCUGCAUGUACAGCAGAAAAUAUCUGAAUACAUUAAACAAGAGACAAUCUCUAGGCCAUCUCAAGGAACUGUAAUAAAAUCUAAGGAAGAUCAGGAAGCUCGGCUGAAUGUGUGGUGUAACAGUACUCUGAAUACAGCAAAUGUAGCAGAAGAUUUGCAACAGGCACAAUUUGGAGUAGACUUACAGAGAAAACAUCUCUCAUUAAGUCAUGAUGACACGGUGUCUUCACAAAUGGUUGAUGACACCCAUGGCUUGGAUCUCAGUAGCCAAAGACAUGUACAAAAACUUAUGUGUGAUAAUAUUACAGUAAAGACAGAAGAAGGUAUUGAAGAAAUUUGUGAUCAGACCACAAAUGAACAGAAUCAAGAAACAUUUGACUUCCUGGAGGAACUGGAUGAAAUAAAAUUAGAUACGUUGCAGCAGCAGAAUACAGACCAACAACAAAAUCUUCUAGAGCUUCCAUCAUUUGGAUCUUAUCUGAAUGUGGAUGGAAUGGAGGACACAGAUGUUGAAGAAGCAGAUCUGAAUGCAGCCUACCAUGCAGUUGUGUCACUGCAGCAGUCUGAAAUUCCUGAUGUACCAGCAACUCCACCCUCCCACACAACUCGAACAUCCGAGUAUUGUCAGUCCCCAAUGAAUGGUUCAACAGCUUCCAAUCUUUCGAAGACCACGCAACAGCUGAAUGAGGACCAGUGUACUUCAAAAGUUGUUCAACUGGUUCCCGUUGUUCAAAUGCCUCAGAGGAGUCCCUCACCAAUUUCAGUGCAAAUGAAAACACUUCCUGACACCAAGGGACCAAAAGCGAAACGGAAAACACUGCGGCGAUCAAGGACAUCAUUUGAGAAAGAAGAAGAUAUGGACACUGAGCCUCCAUCAGACAGCACUCUUAGUAGUAAAUGUGAUAGUGCCCAAGAAGUUAUACCUACACUUGAUGAUACAUCUCAUGCUCAACCAGUUUCUCUUCAGAACAGUGCAUACAAACAUACAUGUACUUCAUCUGAAGCAAUAACUGAUGCAGCUAUGGCUACUGUUCCUAUUAGUAUCAAUACUAGAAAUGGACCACUAACAGCAGUGGCACCUAGAAACAGUAGAGCAGUUACAAAUGCUCUCCGAAAGGCAACUCGUGUAAGUAAUCCUGAUGCAAAUUUGACAGUGUCGGCUAAAUUUGUCUCUAAUUCUGAUGCCCAGGUUAUUUUCCAGCCUGUAUCAACUGACAGUGCAUCUGCAACAGAUAUGGGAGUAGCAGCCACAGCAGCUGAGACAAGUGACACAGCAUCACCCACAUUUCAGGCUCAGCAAACUCGGAAAGGUGUGAAACGUAGAUAUUCCACACGCCGAUCAAAGACGUAAUGGAUGUAAUCUUUACAAACCUAAAAGGAAGUUCCUAAAUUAGUAAACAGCAGUAAUAAAAAUAUUUUUGUAUUGUCACGUAUCUAUAUUUUUGAAUGCUAUUUGACUCGUUUCUAAAAAAAAGAGUAUUAUCUAAUAACAUAUAUGUGGUGCUAUGUGCUUACAAAAUGUUUGAAAAUCUAAGUUUUAGCUUUCAUUUUUUGACUGAUGUUUUCAGAAUUAAUAAUUUUAAUAUUUGCACUGAAGAAAAGUUGCAUAUUACCAUUCAUAACUGGCCAGGUUUAUAACUGAAAGUAAGUGAGAAUGAUUACUUUUAAGGUACUAGUGUUAGUUGUUUGUCUAGUUUUAGCUUUCAUUUUUUGACUGAUGUUUUCAGAAUUAAUAAUUUUAAUAUUUGCACUGAAGAAAAGUUAUAUUACCAUUCAUAACUGGCCAGGUUUAUAACUGUAAGUCAGUGAGAAUGAUUACUUUUAAGGUACUAGUGUUAGUUGUUUGUCUUUAGGUGUGUGUGUGUGUGUGUGUUAAAUAUAUUGCAGAACAUUACUGAAUUAAAUUAAUGGCCAGUGCCCUUUAAGAUAUGUAUUAUCCACCUUUGUUAAUAGAUGUCAAAUCUUUUAAAGAUUAACAGAAAAAUAACUUUUGAGAAUGGCACUAAUGAUGUUAUUAUGAGAAAUAUUGAUCUUGAAGGACAUUAUCACUUACUCUAAAUGGCAUCAUGGCCUUGCAAUAUAAUAUAGGACUGUGUGCCUUGCUGACGACAUUUACUGUUAUUUUUACUCCAUAACUUUUCUGAUUCCCAGAUGUCUGUUUCUCAUAAUGUACCUGACAUUUAAUUUAUAAUACAUGCUGGAUUUCCCCACAAUAUACAGCAAGUUGUAUACAUUACUACAACAAUUUUUACUAUGAAACUCAUGUUUAAAAACCUCUCAAGGCAAUCAGCAUACUAGUUCCUACUAAUGUGCACACAGCCAGCAUAUUAUUGUUACACAUUUAUAAGUAAGCAUGAAAUACAGAUAGUUGAUAAUAUCUACAUUCUCUGAAAUUAAUUUUGACUAUCAACAUAGUACUAUAAGUACUCGAGUUGAAGCAUAAGCAUUUUUGUGUGCCAUUACUGGUUGUUAUUUUUCUUGUAUUACAGCUUACAGUAACUUACAGUAAUACCAAUGAAGCCGUUGGUCUGAGGCAAUUACUGCAGCUGAUUUGUAUGUGGCCCUUCAAAGAAAGAAAAUUAAAUGUUUUCUCUUAUUAGAAACAAUGGUUCCCAAGGAAAACUGUGAUAAAAGAAUAAUAGUGGUAGCAAAGAAAAGAGCUGACGUUAACAGCACUGGUAAUUUAGAUUUUUGAUGCUAUAUUGUUAUUAGUUGAAAGGAAGUGCUUUAAACUUAUGAUAUUCGUGUUUCUAUUCUGAGGCCAGUAUUUCAGGCAAAGAAAUGUUUAAGGAAGAACAUUGUGUGUAAUUAAAAUUUGACCAUUUGUGGUUGUUUUGUUACAAUAUUGGUGUUUUCUAAGAACGCUACUGUGUAUCUGUAUUUUACUACCUUACUGUUUUCUAUACUGACUUGUUAUAACUGACAGAAGUUAGCAUUAUUGGUCUGUGCGAAGAAUUUUACUUGGUUCAUUCUGAAAAUUACAAAGAUCAUGUGUGUAACUUGACAUUGUGUUAAAGUUAUGUAUUCCAGCAACACUCAAAGAGGGAAGUUACCUAAAUGUAUAAAGACUGAAGUAUGAAAGCAACACUUCUCAGAGAGGAAAGUUACCCAUUUGCGUGCAGACUGAAGUAGAGAAUUUUUCCAGUAGUACCAACAUGACGAAAAUUACAGCAUUUUUAUCAUCUGCCAUUUGUAUUCACUGCUGCUUAGCAGUGAUAAUAAAUAAAAAUGCUCAAAAACAAA